AUGGGAUUAUUUGGUUUAAGUGUUUUUGCUUUAAAUAUAGACCCAUCUUUAUAUGAAUAUGAAAAUAGUUAUAAAUUGUCUGAUGAUAAUUCAAAACGUGUACGUUUGGUUGAUCGACGCAUACGUUUAGUUGAUCAGCGUUGGACUCCAUGGUUCGGACGGCCUAUUGAUUAA